AAACGAACCAACAACUUUCCAACUACUUGUCCUUCAUUAUAACUAACUAGUCACUCCUUUCUAGUAGUCAUUCUUUAUAUAUAUAUAUAUUUGUUGGUUUUUAUUUUUUGAAUUAAUUUUGUUUUUGUUUACAAUAUGAGAUCUUCAAUUAUUACCUUAUUGGCCCUUGCUGCCACUGCUCUUGCUGUUCCUUUGGAACAACAACAACAUCAACACAAGCAUCAACACCAAAAGAGAGAUGUUUAUACCCAAAUCGUUUACGUUGAUGGUGAUGGAAAGGUUACCACUCCAGCUGGAGCCUCCCCAACUACCACUCCAACUGCCACUGCUUCUCCAACUACCUUGACCACCAAGACUACUUCUGCUCCACAAUCUUCUGCUGCCCAAUCUUCUGGUUCCAGCUCUUCUGGUGGUUCCGGUGGUAUCUCCGGUGAUCUUUCUGCCUUUUCUGACCCAUCUGUUGAAUUUGAAGAUGGUGUUCAUGACUGUGGUUCUCUUCCAACUGGUCAAGGUGUCAUUGCCGUUGAUUGGCUCUCUAACCUUAACGGUGGAUUCACUUCCAUCAUGAACCUUAACGGUGACACCUCUACCGACUGUACUGAUGGUUUCUACUGUUCUUAUGCUUGUCAAGCUGGUAUGUCCAAGACUCAAUGGCCAUCUAACCAACCUGCCUCUGGUAUUUCCGUUGGUGGUUUGUUAUGUAAGAAUGGUAAGUUGUACAGAUCUAACCAAGAUUCCAAGUACUUGUGUUCUUGGGGUAAAGAAACUGCUGCCUUUGUUUCCAAGAUUGAAAAGGAUGUUGCUAUCUGUAGAACUGAUUACCCAGGUUCUGAAAACAUGAAUGUUCCAACCUUAUUGAAGGCUGGUGGUACUUCUCCAGCUUCUGUUGUUGAUUCUGAUAACUACUUCACUUGGAAGGGUGGUAGAACUUCUACCCAAUACUAUGUUAACAAUGCUGGUGUUUCUAUUGAAGAUGGUUGUAUUUGGGGAACUGAUGGUUCUGGUGUUGGUAACUGGGCUCCAGUUGUUCUUGGUGCUGGUGUCACUGGUGGUAAGACUUACUUGUCCUUGAUUCCAAACCCAAACAACAAGGAUGCUCCAAACUAUAGCAUCAAGAUUGAAGGUGCUGAUGGAUCCGAUGUCAAUGGUGCUUGUAAGUACGAAAACGGUCAAUACGUUGGUGGUAACGGUUCCGAUGGUUGUACCGUUACUGUUUCUUCUGGAAAGGCCAACUUUAUCUUUUAUUAGAUUAUAUAUGGCUUUGGGAUUAUUUUUUCACCAUUUCGGUUUCGUUGGAUUUUUAAAAUUUUCGUUUGUAUAAUAUUAUUAAAAGGUUAUUAAGA